AUGACAAACACAACCGAACAAACCACUGGAAACACCUCCAACCCAAACCCCGGUUUUGACUUUGGCAACAGUCCCGAAGGGCUGCUGCCCACCCCCGAGGAACAACAGCAGAUGUUGUUGAAAUGGCGGGAAGAACAGGCUGCUAAAGCCCAAUCUUCCAAGACCAAAGAGCAAGAAGCUGCCCGACUAGCCAAGAAGAGGGAAGCCGAUGAACUGCGGCUGAAGGCCCUCCAGCUACAAAGGGAAGAAAUUGAGCUCCAGGAGAGAGCCCUCCGAGAGGCCUUGGAGGCCGAAGGAGAUCGAGCGCCAGAAGGCGAAGGAAAUAAGAAGAGGAAUCGGGAAGACCAAGACGGGUCUUCGGACUCCGAGUCGCACUCCCGAGGGCCUCGUCACAGGCAUGUCACACCUUCGGAUUCCGAAGGGGAGGAAGGCCCUCACGUUAGGGACCGACUCCGCCGAAUGGAGAAGGCCAUGUUUGGGGACAAGACGUUGACCCAUGAGCCAGUGAUAGUCGAAGAGAUCGAGCAAUAUCGGCCGCCCCCGGGGAGACAGUUCCCGAAAAUGAAUGAAUUUAACGGGAAGGGCGACUCGAUCGAUCACUGCGACAAGUACGAGUCCCUUAUGACCGGAAUGGGGCAUUGCGACAUCAUGCUAUGCAAGAUGUUCAAGACCUACCUAAAGGGAUCCGCUACGAUGUGGUACCGAUCCCUGCGUCCAAGAUCGAGACCUAAUGAGGAGCUGGGCGAUUACUUGGCUAGGUUCAAGGAAGAAGCUGGGAUGGUCACCAACCUGGAUAAGGUGAAGGCUGCAGGAUUCCUGACGGCUGGUCUGGAUCCGGUGAAGGGUAAGAAGCUCCGAUCAUCUUUGUAUGAUAUACCCCCCAAGUCGUUGAAUGACAUUUACUUGCGGGGGGAGAGCAUCAGAAGGAAGAUGGAGUCCAUUGGGGGACAUAAGAACGACCGGAAAGAUGAUCGGUACAGCUCCCGCUCGGACAACAAGGGAAAAAGAAAUGAUGGUUACCGAGGCAGAAGAGAUGAAAGGGAUGAGAAGCUGGACAGAGGGGCCAAACGAAGGAGAGAUAGAGACAACACUGUGUUCACUCCUCUGAACCCAUCUGCCUCCAAGAUUCUGAAUGAGAUUAAGGGGAAACCAGGAUUCGUUCGGCCACCUAAGAUGAAGAUCCCAGAUUACAAGAAAAACUCUGAUAAGUAUUGUGACUAUCAUCGGGACAACGGUCAUAAUACCGAUGAAUGCUACCACUUGAAGAAGUUAAUAGAAAGGAUGGUCAAGGCUGGUGAUUUAAACCAGUACGUUAAAGAUCUGAGGGAUCGGCUGGGUCCCAAAGAAGAUAAAAGGAAGGCUCCCGAAGAGGGUGAGAGGUACAGAGGUGAGGUCCGAACGAUAUUUGGAGGAACAAUUCUGGACCGAAGUAGCAAGACAGCCAAAAAGAAGUACGUCCGACAAGUCUACAACCUCUAUAACAUCAACUCCACCAAACAGUCGUAUCCUAUAAUGUUCUCACAAGAAGACUAUGAGGACGUUAUGCUGCCGCACGAGGAUCCGUUGGUCAUUAAUCCCGUGAUCGGUCAGAACAAGAUCUGGAAGGUCCUGGUCGAUGGAGGAAGUUCUGUUAACGUCCUCUACUACAACACCUACCAGAAGAUGAACCUGGAAGGCAAGCAGAUCGAUACCUGCUAUGAGGCACCUCUCUAUGGGUUCGGCAAUCAGCCCGUCCCGAUCGAAGGUACGAUCCACUUGCCCUUGUUGCUCGGUAAAUCCCCUUAUACUGUGGAAAAACAGGUCAAGUUCUAUGUAGUCCGAGUCGAGAGUCCCUUCAAUGCCAUCUUGGGGAGACCUGUUCUCACUGCUUUUGAAGCCAUUGCCUCUAUUCCCCACCUCAAGUUGAAGUUCCCGACCGAGAAGGGAAUGUGGGAGAUGAGAGGUGAUCAGAAGGCCGCUCGGAUCAUUAUGUUGGAGGACUUGGAGAAAGACAAGGAUCUAGGCGGCGCCGAAGGAAAUAAACGGCGCCGAACCGAAGAUGGUCCUGGGGGCAGUGGCCAUGCCUUACAUAUUGAGUUGGAGAAGUUCGGGAAUGAUCUUUCAAACCUGAUAGCCGAACCAGGGUGCUCGGGAAAAAUGGUUCGGAUCGGUAAAGACAUGGAAUCAGGGCUGAAGGAGAAGGUGAUUGAUGUGGCUGUGCCAGUUAAGCAGAAAAAGAGGAACUUCGCUGUGGAAAGGCAGAAGGUGAUUGAGGCCGAAGUGGAAAAGUUACUGGAGGCCAAGUUUAUUGAAGAAAUCGAGUAUCCUGAGUGGUUGGCAAAUGUGGUGGUGGUCAAAAAGUCAAACAACAAAUGGAGAAUGUGUGUCGAUUAUACCGACCUCAACAAGAAUUGCCCGAAGGAUCACUACCCACUGCCGAACAUCGAUCAGCUGAUAGAUGCCACAUCUGGCUAUCAAAUACUCAGCUUCCUGGACGCAUUUUCAGGAUAUCAUCAGAUCGUCAUGGAUGCCGAGGAUAUUCCCAAGACAGCAUUCAUCACCCCGAAGGGAACCUAUGCUUACAUCAAGAUGGCCUUCGGUCUGAAAAACACGGGGGCCACUUUUCAAAGAAUGGUGAACAAAGUCUUCGCCGAUCAGAUAGGCCGAAACAUGGAAUGCUACGUCGACGAUAUGAUAGUAAAAUCCUUGUUUCGAGAUCACGCCGAUGACCUCAAAGAAUGCUUUGAGACCCUAAGACGGAACAACAUGAAGAUCAACCCCGCCAAGUGCACCUUCGGGGUUUGUAGUGGCAAGUUCCUGGGGUAUAUGGUCAGUGCAAGAGGGAUCGAAGCGAAUCCUGAAAAGAUAAAGGCAGUAUUAGAAAUGGAAGCCCCGAAGACCAUUCGGGACAUUCAGAAGUUAACUGGGCGACUGGCAGCCCUCCGAAGGUUCAUCUCUCGGUCGGCGGAAAAGGCGCUCCCUUUCUUCGAAGUUUUGAAGGGAGCAAAGAAUUUUGAGUGGGGGCCGAACUGCAUAAAGGCCUUCGAGGAAAUAAAGGAAUAUCUGGUUAAAGCCCCCCUACUGCUGAGGCCCGAUCCGAAGGAGACCCUCCAGCUGUACUUGGCAGUAAGUGACCGAACCCUUGGUGCGGUCUUAGUGAAGGAACACGAGAGGAACCAACAUCCGGUCUUCUAUGUGUCUCAUAUGCUGAGGGAUACGGAAACCCGAUACCCGAAUGCCGAGAAGUUCGCAUAUGGGCUGGGGCCGAAGGAUCUGGAGCCGAAUGAACAGCUCAUCCGGACUCCAGGAAAGUGGAAGCUGUUUGUAGAUGGGUCAGUGGCCGGGUCUAAGUGUGGGGCUGGAUUGAUCCUUUCUAGUCCCGAUGGAUUUGAGAUUUGUCAAGCCAUCCGAUUCACUUUCCCUUUGACCAACAAUGAGGCCGAAUACGAAGCCCUCCUGGUAGGAAUGAGUUUAGCAAAAAAUCUGGAAGUAAGGCAUUUGAGGGCUUUUAGUGACUCCAUGCUGGUCGUCAAGCACUUUUCCGGGGAAUAUGAACAGAAAGAGCCCCGAACGAAGGCUUACGCCGCCAAGGUACGGGAACAAACUCAGUUUUUCGAAACAUUCGAAUUAAGCGCCAUCGGUCGGGAGGACAAUGGCCGUGCCGAUGCUCUCUCUCGCUUAGCCUCGGCCGAAACACAAAAUUUGACGGGGUCCAUCCACUUGACGGAGGUAAAAACGCCUUCGGUCGACAAGAAAGCUUGCCUGGAGAUUCAUCAAGGCAUAAAUUGGAUGACCCCCAUCAGAGCCUACUUAGAGAAGGGGUUCUUGCCUUUAGAGAAGAAGGAAGCUCAAAAGAUAAAGUACCGAGCAGCUAGCUACACACUGAUCGGGGGCCGACUCUUUAGGCGAUCAGUCUCUCAGCCCCUGCUCCGUUGCUUGGAUUCAGAGGAACAGCUUCUAGCCCUGGAGACAGUUCACGAAGGAAUCUGUGGCGAACAUCUGGCCGGCCGAUCCCUAGCCCUAAAGAUACUCCGACAGGGUUUCUUCUGGCCGACCCUUAGAGAAGAUGCAGCCAACUAUUCAAAGAAGUGCCGGCAGUGUCAAAUCCACAGCAAUGUUCCGAAACAACCCCCAGAAGAAAUGACUUCGGUCCUCAGCCCAAUACCAUUCUCCAUGUGGGCCAUCGACAUAGUGGGAAUCCUACCGACCAGCACUCGGCAAGCAAAAUACUGCAUAGUGGCCAUUGACUACAUGACAAAAUGGGUCGAAGCCCGACCCCUCUCAGCUAUCACCGAACAGGCCGCCAACAAAUUCUUCCUGGAGCAGAUAAUUGUGAGGUUCGGCAUACCGAUGGUGUGUGUAUCCGAUAAUGGCACUCAGUUUGUUGGGAGGAAGUUCAAAGAGUUCUUGGCCAGCUUCGGCAUUCAACAAAGGUUUAGCUCGGUCGGUCAUCCCCAAGGAAACGGGGCGAUCGAGGCAGCUAACAAGAUCAUCUUUCACGGAAUCAAGAAGCGCCUUGGAGAAGCUAAGGGACUGUGGGCCGAAGAGCUCCCUUGGGUCCUGUGGGCAUACCGAACCACUCCUCGCUCUUCGACAGGAGAAACGCCGUUUCGGUUAGCUUAUGGGACCGACUCGCUUGUUCCAGUCGAGGUUGGCCUGGAAUCUUACCGAACCCAGGUCUUCAAUCCCGAUACCAAUGAAUUUGGCCUCCGAGGCAACCUGGAUCUCCUAGAAGAAGAAAGAGAAGCCGCCCAUCAAAGGAAUGUCCGAUACCAACAGCAAGCAUCUUAA